UUUUUUAACUUACCCAUAGCCUUGACAGCAUAACAACAAAAUUAUAAAUAAAAAAAUCGCUACAGUGUAGAGAAUUCCAAUAUACUAUGGAGUACUAGACGACGAAAUUGAAGUAGUUUAUUAGGUUUCAUUUAUACCUCUGUGAAGCAGAAACGAAAUGCAAAGUUGCAGUUAAUUUACCUUCCAUCAAUAUCCUCUCCAAAUUCAUCAUGGAUGUUCUACAAUUCCCAAUCUUUUCGAUCCUCCUGGUCAGCUUCAUUUUCUUUACGUUUAUGGUUCUGAAAGUGUGGAAGAGAUUUGAGCCAAAUGAAUCAACUUCGAAUCGAGCUCCUGGGCCGUGGAAGUUACCUAUUAUUGGGAACUUGCAUCAGUUGGUUGGCUCUGAUCCACCCCAUCACAUUCUCCGCGACUUGGCGAAGAAAAAUGGACCCUUGAUGCACCUACAACUUGGAGAAGUUCACAUCCUUGUUGUUUCUUCUGCAGAAUAUGCUGAAGAGGUAAUGAAAACUCAUGAUGUUGUGUUUGCUUCAAGGCCCCAAAUAAAUAGUUUGAGAGUCAUAACUUAUGGUUACAAAACCAUGUCCUUUUCACCAUAUGGUGGAUAUUGGAGGCAACUGCGAAAGAUUUGUGCACAGGAGCUUUUGAGCGCGAAACGGGUGCAAUCAUAUCGAUCAAUACGGGAACAAGAGACGUCCAAGUUGAUCCAACGGAUUUUCUCAGAGGCAGGAACAUCAAUCAACUUGACUAAAAAGGUUUACUCAUCCAUCUGUACUUUGACAUCAAGGUUGGCCUUCAGUGAUGAAUCCAAAUAUCAGGAAGAAUUCAUUUCAGCUAUGAAAGACGCAAUCAAGAUAACAUCAGGAUUUAACAUAGGCGAUUUGUUUCCUUCAAUGAAAUUUCUUCAGUUAAUUUGUGGGGCGAGUUCUAAAAUAGAAAAGCUACAUAAACAAUCUAACAGGAUUAUUGGAAGCAUUCUUGAUGAACACAAAAAAAAACGUAAUACAAGAAAAUGUGAAGGAAAAUGUGAAGAAAAUGAAGAUCUGGUUGACGUUCUCUUGAAAUAUCAAGAGAAGGGAGACCAUGAGUUUCCAUUAUCUAUGGAUGAAAUCAAAGCAGUAAUCGGGGAUAUUUAUGUUGGUGGAACUGAAACAUCUGCUACAACAGUAGAUUGGGCUAUGGCAGAAAUGAUCAAAAACCCAAGAGUGAUGGAGAAGGCGCAAGCGGAGGUGAGACAAGUUUUUGACACUAGAGGACGUGUCGAUGAAACAGGAAUUCCUGAACUAAAAUACUUGAAGCUAGUCAUUAAAGAAACACUAAGAUUACAUCCUACCACUCCUUUAUUAGUUCCACGAGAAAAUUCAGAAAAUUGUAAGAUCAACGGAUAUGUAAUUCCUGCUAAAACCCGAGUAAUUGUGAAUGCAUGGGCUAUUGGAAGAGAUCCCAAGUACUGGCCUCACGAACCUGAAACGUUCUACCCGGAGAGGUUCCUAGACAAUCCCAUUGACUACAAGGGAACCAACUUCAAGUAUAUCCCAUUUGGCGCUGGAAGGAGGAUGUGUCCUGGAAUGACUUUCGGCCUCGCCAACGUCGAGCUUCCACUUUCACAGUUUUUGUAUUAUUUUGAUUGGAAACUUUCAGACGGAUUGAUACCAGAAGAUCUCAACAUGGCAGAGGAAUUUGCUGCAACAGUUUCAAGGAAAGAGGAUUUGUUUUUAAUUCCUUCUCCUCGUCGUCCCCCACCUGCCAUUAAUUAAACUUUAGAAGUCUCCAUUUUUUCUUUCUCUUUUCUCUGUCCACAAAGUUUCAAAUGUAUGUGCUUUUUGUUUGAGAAGAGGAGGGGCAGAUCUUCGUCUCUUCUUCCUCCCUUUUGCUUCUAGUCGCUCUUUUUG